CCGAAGACCUCUUUCUCUCUCUCCCUCCCUCCCUCCCUCCCUCCCUGUAUUCGUACACUGUUGGUUCCCCUAGUCUAUAAACCUACAAGCUCUAUAAUUCAGAUCAAAGCAUUCAUUUUUAAAAUACCCAAUUUCUGGCAAACCCUAGAACACCAAAAAAAAUUACUCAAAGCCCCUAUUUUUCUGCUGCCAUUUCAUUCAAUUGCUUUAGUUUUUUUGACAUUGGAGGAAGUGAUGGUUGAGAAUGACAAUGGAGGGAAGUAAAGUAGUUCACAAUGUUGGAGAAAAUGGGAGCUCGAGCGAUGGUCGGCCCCCCAACCCACUCGCGGCGGAGCACCGGCAGUCUUUAAGCAGAGGCCGUGUUGCAGCGGCGCCUUGUAUGCAGUCUCUUGUUCGACACCCGUCUUUGGUGAAGACCAAAAUAUUGGAUAUUUCUGUUGAACCAAGACUGAGUAUGGAUGAUGAUGAGUUGGAUUUCAUUCCUAUUCUUCGGUCAGGAGCAUGGACAGACAUUGGGUCUCGUUCAAGAAUGGAGGAUGUGUAUGCUUGUGUGGACAACUUUAUGAGUCACUACGGAUUAAAGAAUUCGAGUGGAGGGCCUAAUGCCUUCUAUGGGGUUUUUGAUGGCCACGGAGGAAAGCAUGCAGCUGACUUUGUGUGCCACCAUUUGCCAAGGAUUAUUGUUGAGGAUAAAGACUUCCCGAGGGAGAUUGAGAGGGUUAUUGCUUCAGCAUUUCUGCAAACAGACACUGCUUUUGCUGAAGCAUGCUCCUUGGAUGCUGACCUUGCUUCGGGUACCACAGUAUUGGCAGCUCUAGUCAUUGGGAGUUCAUUGGUGGUGGCAAAUGCUGGAGAUUGUCGAGCUGUACUGUGUCGCCGAGGUAAAGCUAUUGAGAUGUCGAGGGAUCACAAACCAGUUUGCUCCAAAGAAAGGAAGCGCAUCGAAGCUUCUGGUGGGUAUGUUUGUGAUGGUUAUCUCAAUGGACAGCUUAAUGUUGCUCGUGCUUUGGGAGACUGGCACAUGGAUGGAUUGAAGAGUAGGGAUGGAGGGCCCCUUAGUGNUAAUUUUGGCAUAUCGAACAAGUUUAUAAAUGAUUCAUUGGUGGUGGCAAAUGCUGGAGAUUGUCGAGCAGUACUGUGUCGCCGAGGUAAAGCUAUUGAGAUGUCGAGGGAUCACAAACCAGUUUGCUCCAAAGAAAGGAAGCGCAUCGAAGCUUCUGGUGGGUAUGUUUGUGAUGGUUAUCUCAAUGGACAGCUUAAUGUUGCUCGUGCUUUGGGAGACUGGCACAUGGAUGGAUUGAAGAGUAGGGAUGGAGGGCCCCUUAGUGCAGAGCCCGAAUUUAUGAGCACAAGACUAACUGAAGAGGAUGAGUUCCUCAUUAUAGGCUGCGAUGGGAUCUGGGAUGUCUUUAUGAACCAAAAUGCUGUGGACUUUGCUCGGAGAAGGCUUCUGGAGCACAACGACCCGGUGAUGUGUAGCAGGGAUCUGGUUGAUGAAGCUUUGAAGAGAAAGAGUGGAGACAAUUUAUCAGUGGUGGUUGUUUGCUUCCAACCUCAAGCACCCCCUAACUUGGUUGUACCCCGUGGGAGAGUACAGAGGAGCAUAUCUGCCGAGGGUUUGAAGGAGUUGCAAAGCUUCUUGNGCAAGACUAACUGA